AUGCCGAAAGUCAACAAACACCGCAGCAAUGGCGCCCCCAAGUCGCCCUACUCCUCCCCCGCCGCGCCGCCCAAGGCUUCUAAGCCCGCGCACUCCAUCUUCAAAAUGAACACCGACAUCGGACAGCACGUCCUCAAGAACCCCGGCAUCGCCGACGCCAUCGUACAAAAAGCGGACCUCAAGCAAUCCGACACAGUCCUCGAAGUCGGGCCCGGUACCGGCAACCUUACCGUCAAGAUCCUCGAAAAGGCCAAGCGCGUGAUAGCCGUGGAGAUGGACCCGCGCAUGGCGGCCGAGACGGUGAAGCGGGUGCAGGCGACGCCGAUGCAGAAGAAGCUCGAGGUGCUGGUGGGCGAUGUCAUCAAGACUGAGCUGCCGCGGUUCGAUGUCUGUAUCAGCAACACGCCGUAUCAGAUCUCGUCGCCGCUGGUGUUUAAGCUGCUGGCGCUGCAGCCGGCGCCCAGGACGAUGAUUCUCAUGUUUCAGCGCGAGUUCGCCAUGAGGCUGUUUGCGAAGCCGGGGGAUAAGCUGUAUUCGAGGCUUUCGGUUAAUGCGCAGAUGUGGGCGAAGAUUGAUCAUGUCAUGAAGGUGGGGCGAAACAACUUCAAUCCUCCUCCGGCGGUCGAGUCGUCUGUUGUAAGGAUUACGCCGAAGGUCCCGAGACCGAGGAUCAGUUACGAGGAGUGGGACGGGCUGCUGAGGGUGUGUUUUGUGCGGAAGAACAAGACGCUAAGGGCGAGCUUUUUCGGCACGAGUAGUGUCAUGGACAUGCUGGAGGCAAACUAUAGGACGUGGUGUGCGACGGAGGGUGUGCCACUCGAAGAGGGACCGGCGCCGGAUGGGGAGAUGGAGGCUGACGACGGCGGCGACAGAGCUGGAGAUCAGGAAGAGGAAGAGUGGGGCGGUAUUAUGGAUGUGGAUGAGGAAGAGGACGAUCUGCCCGCUUUCUUCAAGGAGGAGGCGGAGCGGAAAGCGGCGCUGCUGAACAGGAGCGGGAGCAAGAGGAAGAAGAAGGGGAAGGUGGCAGAGCUGGUACGGGAGAAGGUGAGGAAAGUGCUGGAGGAUGUGACGGAGCUGGCCGACCGACGAGCGAGGCUAUGCGACGAGACGGAUUUCUUGAAGCUGCUCUCGGCGUUCAAUGAUGAGGGCAUACGGUUUGCCUGA